AUGGACCAGUGGGAGCCCUGCGAGAGGAGGGUGUGGACUGAUGGGAGCCCUGUGAGAGCAGGAUAUGGACCGGUGGGAGCCCUGCGAGAGCAGGAUAUGGACCGGAGGGAGCCCUGCGAAAGCGGGAUAUGGACUGGAGGGAGCCCUGCGAGAGCAGGAUAUGGACCGGAGGGAGCCCUGCGAAAGCGGGAUAUGGACUGGAGGGAGCCCUGCGAGAGCGGGAUAUGGACCGGAGGGAGCCCUGCGAGAGGGGGGUAUGGACCUGAGGGAGCCCUGCGAGAGCAGGAUAUGGACCGGAGGGAGCCCUGCGAAAGCGGGAUAUGGACCGGAGGGAGCCCUGCGAGAGGGGGGUAUGGACCAGAGGGAGCCCUGCGAGAGGGGGAUAUGGACCGGAGGGAGCCCUGCGAGAGGAGGGUAUGGACCGGAGGGAGCCCUGCGAGAGGGGGGUAUGGACCAGAGGGAGCCCUGCGAGAGUGGGAUAUGGACCGGAGGGAGCCCUGCGAAAGCGGGAUAUGGACCGGAGGGAUCCUGCGAGAGCGGGAUAUGGACCGGAGGGAGCCCUGCGAGAGGAGGGUAUGGACCAGAGGGAGCCCUGCGGGAGCGGGAUAUGGACCGGAGGGAGCCCUGCGAGAGGAGGGUAUGGACCAGAGGGAGCCCUGCGAGAGGGGGAUAUGGACCGGAGGGAGCCCUGCGAAAGCGGGAUAUGGACUGGAGGGAGCCCUGCGAGAGGGGGAUAUGGACCGGAGGGAGCCCUGCGAGAGGGGGAUAUGGACCGGAGGGAGCCCUGCGGGAGCGGGAUAUGGACUGGAGGGAGCCCUGCAAGAGCGGGAUAUGGACCGGAGGGAGCCCUGCGGGAGCGGGAUAUGGACCGGAGGGAGCCCUGCGAGAGGAGGGUAUGGACCAGAGGGAGCCCUGCGAGAGGGGGAUAUGGACCGGAGGGAGCCCUGCGAAAGCGGGAUAUGGACUGGAGGGAGCCCUGCGAGAGGGGGAUAUGGACCGGAGGGAGCCCUGCGAGAGGGGGAUAUGGACCGGAGGGAGCCCUGCGGGAGCGGGAUAUGGACUGGAGGGAGCCCUGCAAGAGCAGGAUAUGGACCAGAGGGAGCCCUGCGGGAGCGGGAUAUGGACCGGAGGGAGCCCUGCGAAAGCGGGAUAUGGACUGGAGGGAGCCCUGCGAGAGGGGGAUAUGGACCGGAGGGAGCCCUGCGAGAGGGGGAUAUGGACCGGAGGGAGCCCUGCGGGAGCGGGAUAUGGACUGGAGGGAGCCCUGCAAGAGCAGGAUAUGGACCGGAGGGAGCCCUGCGGGAGCGGGAUAUGGACCGGAGGGAGCCCUGCGAGAGGAGGGUAUGGACCCGAGGGAGCCCUGCGAGAGGGGGAUAUGGACCGGAGGGAGCCCUGCGAAAGCGGGAUAUGGACCGGAGGGAGCCCUGCGGGAGCGGGAUAUGGACUGGAGGGAGCCCUGCAAGAGCAGGAUAUGGACCAGAGGGAGCCCUGCGGGAGCGGGAUAUGGACCGGAGGGAGCCCUGCGAGAGGGGGAUAUGGACUGGAGGGAGCCCUGCGAGAGGAGGGUAUGGACUGGUGGGAGCCCUGCGAGAGGGGGAUAUGGACCGGAGGGAGCCCUGCGAGAGGGGGGUAUGGACCGGAGGGAGCCCUGCGAGAGCGGGAUAUGGACCGGAGGGAGCCCUGCGAGAGCGGGAUAUGGACCGGAGGGAGCCCUGCGAGAGGGGGAUAUGGACCGGAGGGAGCCCUGCGAGAGCGGGAUAUGGACCGGAGGGAGCCCUGCGGGAGCGGGAUAUGGACCGGAGGGAGCCCUGCGAGAGGGGGAUAUGGACCGGAGGGAGCCCUGCGACAGCGGGAUAUGGACCGGAGGGAUCCUGCGAGAGCGGGAUAUGGACCGGAGGGAGCCCUGCGAGAGGAGGGUAUGGACCGGAGGGAGCCCUGCGAGAGGAGGGUAUGGACCGGAGGGAGCCCUGCAAGAGGGGGAUAUGGACCGGAGGGAGCCCUGCGAGAGGGGGAUAUGGACCGGAGGGAGCCCUGCGAGAGGAGGGUAUGGACCGGAGGGAGCCCUGCGAGAGGGGGAUAUGGACCGGAGGGAGCCCUGCGAGAGCGGGAUAUGGACCGGAGGGAGCCCUGCGGGAGCGGGAUAUGGACCGGAGGGAGCCCUGCGAGAGGGGGAUAUGGACCGGAGGGAGCCCUGCGAGAGGAGGGUAUGGACCGGAGGGAGCCCUGCGAGAGGGGGAGUAUCGACCACUGGGCCCAGAUGGGGGGGGCAGACCAGACGGAGGGACCAGACGGUUGUUUUGCUGGACUUUGGUGCCCCAGGAGCGGUGGGACCGAACAUGGCUGCCGGCUGAGCGCCGAGACGAGGCGGAACGUCAUGGGACCGUCAGCAGGAGGCGCUAG